GAUGUCAAAGAUCGCUGACACAGUUAUUUUGGAGGAAGUGACAAGAGACUGAAAACGAAAGAAAUAGGCCCUCUUCAUGUAAACAAGCAGGGAUUCCUUUCGCUUAAUAAUUGCUCUUACUUUGGAAACACAAGUAGCCACCUGGUAGUAUUGAAAGUAUAUUGCGUUAUAAUUAAAGACGUGCGUCCUGACUGCAACUAACCACCACUGGUGGCACCAGCCAGUUUCCGUCCGAUCUCGGCAACGAGCUAGCUAUCCAGCUAGCCUAGGUUGGGGGGCAGACAGACACAAUUUAAUUAAUCUGUUUUUCAUCCAGCACGACGAAAGGCCAAUUUUGACAUUCUUUAAUAUACCAUCCAUUGGUUCUGGUUGAUCAAGCCUACAUGUGUUCCUGAAUGUCUCUGUGCGGUCAUGCCGGUGUCUUGUGUCGUAAUCCCCACGACUGGACAACUAGCUUUGGACCACAUGACUACGCUGUGGCACAAUGACGUCUAGGAAGAAAGUACUACUUAAAGUCAUCAUCCUGGGAGACUCUGGAGUUGGGAAGACCUCCCUGAUGAACCAAUAUGUGAAUAAGAAGUUCAGUAACCAGUACAAAGCCACAAUUGGAGCUGAUUUCCUGACGAAAGAAGUGAUGGUGGACGACCGGCUUGUCACCAUGCAGAUCUGGGACACAGCGGGGCAGGAGAGGUUCCAGUCUCUGGGCGUGGCGUUUUACCGCGGGGCAGACUGUUGCGUGCUGGUGUUUGACGUGACCGCCCCCAACACCUUCAAGACCCUAGACAGCUGGAGGGACGAGUUCCUCAUACAGGCCAGCCCCCGAGACCCCGAGAACUUCCCCUUCGUGGUGCUAGGCAACAAGAUUGACCUGGAAAACAGACAGGUGACGACUAAACGAGCACAGGCCUGGUGUCAGAGCAAGAACAACAUCCCCUACUUCGAGACCAGCGCAAAGGAGGCCAUCAACGUUGAACAGGCUUUCCAGACUAUUGCACGCAAUGCUCUUAAACAGGAGACAGAGGUGGAGUUGUACAAUGAGUUCCCUGAACCGAUAAAGCUGGACAGGAACGAACGGGCCAAGCCAUCAGCGGAGGCCUGCAGCUGCUGAGGUCCUAGCAGACUUACUGUCGGCCCUGCUACCCUGUCUUGCCUUGUCUAACCCCUAUGCCUCACUGUGUGCUCCCCUUUGCCCAAUAUUAUCACUGGCCUUCGUAGAUGCGAGUUCCGCUCAAAAAGUAUACUUUACACAUGCUGCACUCACACCCCAGUGUACACAUCACAUUACUCUCAAGAUAAGUCUCCAAGCCCAAAGAACACCCAGGUAGAUAUUAGAGCAUUUAUUAACCUGAUAUCUGCUUAGUAUUUCCCCCUUAACUGUCUCAUGACGCAAAUACCUUUUUUUUAUAGACACCAUUGUUUCCCAUGGCACCACCCAACCUCACACACAUGCAUACAUACAGAAAUAAAAUCCUAUGACAUUUUAAAGGGUGGGUUAGUUCCAGUGGUAAAGGAGGUUGUGAAGGAUCAGAAUGAUGAAUUUAUAUAUAUGUGUGUGUGUGUGUGUGUCAUGCCAAUGUACUGCCCAAAGAUACAUGUGUUAAUUGUCUUGGAAGUGAACUAGCAAGUCCAACAUACGAGUGUGUUGUUCAAGGCAUUUUUUUUGCACUUUGUUAUGUAGACUUAUUAAAAUCCUUUUUGACACCUCAUUUUGGAGCCACAAUAAAAAAAACACAUUUUAAGUCAAGGCUGAAGAGGCAGUGUGGAUUUGAACUCUGUCCCCUAACUGCCUGACACAUGCUUUGUUUCUCAAUUGGAAAAGUCGAGCAGCAAAUUGUCAACAUUCUGCGACCUGUCACAAGGGGUAGAGAAUCAAAGGGAGGACGUCCUAUCGGAUACAGCUGGGGGAGGGGACAGAUAUUUUUCAAGCAUAUAAACAUGAGUCGUUAUUAGUUAUUGCCUAAUUUUUACUGGCAACUGUUGCAAGACUUUGUGUGCAAAUCUUUAAGUCUGUCAAUUGUUUUGCGUAGGCAAAAACCAUGCAUGUUGUCAGUUUCCAUGUCUGCUGAUAGCUCAGGUGCUUGAUAUUUCUUUUAACUGAUCAGAUCCGUCUGUAUAUUGUUAUUACUAUGUUUAGAAUUUGAAUUGCAUCAGAGGACCGAGAACAGAACUUUUUAUUUAAAUUAUUAAAAAAAUACGGGGGAAAUCUGUUAGCAUUAAUCAUAUUAAUGAAAUGGCUUCAUCUACAUUGUUUGAAAGUGGUUUUGGAUUUCAAGGAACUGAUAAGUCAUUGAAUAAAGAAUGUGUGUGUUUCUGCAAGGAGAACAUGUAACGCAUAGGUGACUAUCAAGGCUCAUACUGAACAAAAAUAUAAACGUAACAUGUAAAGUGUUGGUCCAAUGUUUAAUGAGCUGAAAUAAAAGAUCCCAGAAAUGUUCCAUA